UCCUUCUUCUUCUGGUGGUUUUGGGGUGCAAUGUUUCGAUAUUUUCUGUGUAAAUCAGGGAGAAAUCUGAAAAGGGCGACUGCCAUCAUCAAUGGAGAAUCUUCUUCUUCAUCAUCAUUAGCAGCUAAGUAUUUUCCCUUUACAUUUCAAAAUCGAAAUGUUUUUGUAAUUUCAAAAUCUAGGGUUACUUCAGUCUCUUAUUCCUUCUCUACUACUACUAGUAAUGGAAGUAUCAAUGUUACUUCUGCCGGUUCUGGUUCUGGUUCUGAUUCUGAUUCUUCAUUUGUGGUUUCUUAUCUGAUUGAUUCAUGUGGGUUAUCUGAAUCUGAAGCUAUUACUGCUUCUAAGAAACUCAAUUUCAAAACCACUUCUAAACCCAAUUCAGUGGUAUCCCUACUUAAGACUUACGGAUUUACUGAAUCCCACAUCUCUAAAUUAAUCCCUAGAUACCCAUCCAUCCUCUCAUCUAAUCCUCAUAAAACCCUAAAACCAAAAUUAGAUUUUUUUAAAUCCAAAGGACUUUAUGGAUUUGAUCUUACCAACUUCAUAUCUAAGGAACCUUUGAUCUUGGCACGGGGUUUUAAUAAUGAAAUAAUCCCUUCUUUCGAUAUCCUUAAGAGCAUUCUUCAUUCUGACCAAAACGUCAUUAAAAUGAUUAAACGUAAUUGUAGGAUUCUCAGUUCAAACCAUGUUAAAAGAUUGAUGGUCAACCUAGAGCUUUUGAGAAAUCAAGGUGUCCCUGAACCUCAUAUUUCUAUCUGUCUAAUCAGGCAACCUACAGUGUUUAGUGGAGAUGUCGCUAAAUUUAGAAAGAUUGUUGAAAAGACUAAAGAAAUGGGUUUUCAUCCCUUAAAUACUAGGUUUCUCGUAGCUAUACAAGGACUUGCAUCAAUGUCCGAAGCCAAUUGGAGAGAAAAAAAAGAUGUUUACAAGAGAUGGGGUUGGUCUGAGGAUCACAUUCAAACAGCGUUUAAGAAACAUCCUCAAUGUAUGACGGUCUCUGAAAAAAAGAUUAUGGAGGUUAUGAAUUUCCUUGUGAACGAAAUGGGUUAUGAUCCAUCAAAUGUUGCUGAGUGUCCAUUAAUUCUUGAUUGUAGCUUGAAGUGGAGGAUUAUUCCAAGGUGUUCUAUUAUCAAGAUUUUAGUCUCAAGGGGUUUGAUUAAAAAACACAUUUCCCUGAGUACACUUACAACCAUGGUAGAUGAGUCUUUUGUGGAGAAAUUUGUGAAAAAGUAUGAGGAAGAAGUUCCUGGAGUAAUGAAGAUAUUCCAAGGUCAGCUGAAUUACCAACAGCUGCUUCAGAACUGAAGGAUUUUAUGAAACGAAUGCGCAAUAACGGAUUCAUGAAUUUCAAUUGCGAAACCUGACGGUGUAUACUCCGGGCAGUGUAUGCCUUGACAGAGAGAUAGGGUGCAUAUAUUGGUUCUGUGUAAUGUGUGGCAACAUGGUAAAAUAGAAAAUGAGAUAAAUGAAAGCUUCACUAAGAGUUGUGGUAUGCUCCAUUAUGAUAUUUCUUUCAGUAACAGUCUACAGUUCUGCUCUAUUGUCUGCCGACUACUGAAUGGCCUUUGCUCAAUAAGCUUUCAUACCGCGACUAGCUAUUGGCAGUCAGUCGGGUGCAGCAUCUAUAUAGUUCUCAUUGCUGCUAAUAGACCAAUGUAAGUCUCGGAUAUAAAAACAUGUCCUGGUGCACGUUCAACCUUCUUGGUAUUGUAUGAAUUCGUACAUGAAUAUAUUCCAGAUGCAUGCAUGGAUUUUUUUACUCCAAAAUAAUGUUUCUGUGAUCAAUUGUACCAUACUAUAUGCCACUGAAUAUAUUGCUUGAUUUUAAAGAAAAUGUAGUUAUUUUAUGGUUCUCGUUAA